CACAUAGUAGAAUGCAUGGAGACCUGUGAUGAUUGUUGGAACAAGUAAUCUGGUAUGACGGCAUGUGUACAGACUCUGCCGUCUCUAGUUAUACCGUCAUCACCACGUAUACCGAAAUUUUAUCUUAAAAAGCCAACAUCAAAUAUACAAGAAACUAAACAAGAUUUCCGAGUAACUGUUAAACAUUUUCAGAAGAAGUUCCCGACAUUGACGUCGUUGUAUACAUCCGAUAAUGACAACACUCGUCAGAUGAAGGAUUGUUCGAAUCUGUGGUCGUAUGGAACACCGUAUCUGGUAAAGCUAUUAUUCUCUGGAAACUUGUCAAAAGCAUUUUUUGAAGAAAUUUGUAAAGCAUGUGAAACAACUGAAAGAAAACGGCAAAAGAAACAACGAACAGAAGAUGGAGAAGAACAAAAACUAAUCUGGUUACCAAAGAAUAAGGUAAAACUCAGAGAAUCUGGUAGACGAACAGAGCAGCGCAUUCUUGAAGCUAGGCUUCGACAUAAAGAAUAUUUAGAAAAUGUAUCCAUCAGGGCUGAGAAACUUAGGAACAAAACUGAAGUUAUUAGACUUAAGAAGGCGGGUGAAAUGCAACGAGGAAAGAAGGUGGCUCUUGAGAGAAUGCAAAAAGAACAUAUACGUCCUAGUCGCUUAAUAAAACGACAGAACAGAAGUCCACUGAUGAUACAAACUAUCAACAAUAAAGUGUUUGAAUUAACUGAACCUUUACCAACCUGCUAGAAUUGAAGGACAGAUGUUAAUUAAA